AAUUUUGAGUUUUUUCAGAUUUGAUUCAAUAUUUUUUAAUUGUUUUAUUAAAUCGGUUGACCUAAUGUUAAUAAAAUACGAUUUAUUAUUAUUAUUGCGUAGCAUCACAGGUUCCCUCCUUUUGUGCUCCUCUCCUCUGUGUAUGAGGAGUCCUCAUCUCUCCUCACUUGGCGCCUUCUCAAAACAACAGAAGCUUUGAGAAAGGAGCUUGCAACUGAUGUUUUUUUUUGUAUUUUUGUUUUGCGUUGUUUUUGUGUGGUUAAUUUGUUCAUCUAUAUUAGUCUAAUUCAUAACUUAAUUUAUUGUUGAUACUUGACCAUUUUAUAGUUACAAUAUAGUAAAGAAUCAAAAUACGAGGAGAUGGCUGAGAGUAAAGUUGAAAAUGUGUUGGAAUUGCCAUCCCUCGUUUAUCGGUUAUGUUCAAAAUUGACACCUUUCAAUACUGACAAGGUUUCCAAGAUAUACUCCACAACAAUGACACUUUUAUCUAAUGAUAAUCAACAAAUGAAUCUUGAUGACUCUGACGAGUUUUACGUUAUUGAGAAGAUAAAGAAACUUCUUGUCCGCAAUAUGAAAGAAAGUGAUGCACUUCGAUUUGAAGAGCUUUACUAUAAGCUAAAGCGAGUUGGUACUUGUAAAAACCCAAUCGCUAUGGCUGUCUUCCUCUAUGAAAUGUCCACUUUGAACAAAAAUAAGGAUGAUAAAUUGAAUCUAUUAUGUCAAGAUAUUCCGAAUAUUUUUAAUCAUGGAAAUAAUUGUAAUGGUAAUGGAUUCUAUAAUACAAUUCCUGGAAUGCCUAUGGAUUAUGUGAAUGGAAACCAUAGCAGGAAACACUCUCCAGUUGCCCCUAUUCCACCCGAUUUAAUAACAGCUUUUGAUGAUACUAAUCAUUUACCCGGUCAUAAUCAAAUAUCUGGUCGAGGAUGGCUCAGAACUAAAGGAAAUACAACCAGAGCCCAAAGGCCUUUUUCCUUACAAAUAGAUGACAGAGAAAAUAAAAGGGCUUACUCAGAAAUUGAACUGCUUCGUGAAAUACUUUUCGCAUUUCAAGGAUUGAAUGGUCGGAUAUUAGUCCAAGAUCCGGCCAACGAUGGAAGAUAUAAAAUAAAUUCACAAUAUAAUAUCGGUGUUUGUGAAAGACAGAUGAUUCUUCGUUUGACAAACAUUGGAUGGUUGUUUAACAAAGUAAACAAAUAUUGCGAGCACACCAUCAAAAACGAUACAUUAGGUUAUGUAUGCCAAAGUUUUGCUUCAGCUUUACAAGAAGAAGUUCAGAGAUACUAUAGACUAAUCACCGUUAUCGAACAAGAGUUGCAUUCAUAUGCAAUGGAUUUGAAUGCUAAGUGUGGCUUGACGCUUUUAAGACUUCAAGUUUACAUUUACGAUUCGUUUUAUCUGUUAAAAAUUCUCACCAAUUUGAUAGAAAACUGUCGCAACAAACGUGGAGGUGCCUUGAUAAAAGAAGUUCACAAAUAUAAUCAACACGGUGAUCCAAAUGUUAGAAGUUGCAUGACCCGUAUAUUACGCCAAGUUGUCCUUCCUAUUCGCCAAAUGCUUAGUCAAUGGAUUUUUCACGGAGAAAUAGAUGACCCGUAUAAAGAGUUUUUCAUAAUUUCAAGUCGUCCAGCUCCAGAAAGUCAGGAUCCUAUGUGGCAUGAAAAAUAUCAAUUAAAUAGAUCAAUGUUCCCCGGUUUCAUCGAUUUCGAGCAAGGAAAAAAGAUUUUAGCAACAGGUAAAGCUGUCAAUCUACUUAAACAAGUUUUUGAAGAUACCUCUUGUGUUGCUGGUUAUGAUAUCUUGAGAAAAACUUUCGAAUCUACCGAAGUUGAAUUGUUAUUCAAUGAUAAUCGUCGUAAUGGACAAGAAGGAGAAUUCCAAAAGCUUCUUACUUCAGCAUAUCAUAAUACUAGUGAAAAAGCUCUUAAGCUACUUUUCGACAGUUAUCAUUUCAUGGAUCAUUUGAAAGGACUUCGAAAAUUCAUGUUACUUGGCCAAGGUGAUUUUAUUCGGCAUCUUAUGGAUCUUUUAGUGAAUGAAUUGGAGAAGCCAGCUCAAAAUUUGAAAUUACUCAAUCUGAAAAGCUUACUCAAUAGUGCCAUUAGAGCAACUAAUGCUCAGUUCCUCGAUGAAGAUGUUACUGAAAGGGUUGAUGUUCGUUUCUCCGAUUCCUUGCAAGAAACUGGUUGGGACAUUUUCACGCUAGAUUACCAAACAAGUGGACCUAUAAAGACAAUACUUAAUGCUCAGAUUAUGAAAAACUAUGGGUCUCUAUUUAAAUAUCUUUGGCGAUCUAAAAGAAUGGAAUAUGUUUUGGUUUCCAUUUGGAAAAGACAAAUAAUUCAUGCCAGAGACACCAAAAUUAUGCCUAAAUUGGUUCCAGUCUUUUACAUUAGUCAUAUUUUGCAAGCGGAAAUGAUGCAUUUCAUCCAACAAAUGCAGUAUUAUAUUGAAUUUGAAGUAAUGGAAUGCUCAUGGGACGAGUUAAUCCGCAAAAUGGAGAGUGCAUCUGAUAUUGAUCAGUUGAUAGAAGCUCAAGAACAUUUCCUCUCUACAGUCAUCUCCCGGUCAAUGCUGGAUGCUGAAUCUCAGAGCUUAUCAGAACAAUUGAGAGCCAUUUAUGACAUGAUUAUUCAGUUCCAAAGUGUCCAAGAUAAUCUUUUUAAAGCCAUUGAUACUGAACUUGAGGAAAGGAAAAAGUUUGAUGCUCAGAGGAGGUUAACUCAAGAAAAUUUGGAAUUAAUGACACGCAAAGAAAUGGAAAGAAGAAAAAACUUUGACUCUCAUAUAAUCCCUGAUUUUAAGUUGAAAGUUCAAUUGUUAGGUAAAACUUACGAAAAUAUGGUUCAGAAGUUUUUGUUGCUGUUAGCAGUUCAUCAAGAUGCUGAUUUGCGAUUCCUCAGUUUUAGACUAGAUUUCAAUGAACAUUAUGCAAAGCGAAACCCUCGUCUGGAAACAUCAUUCACUUAUUCCAAACAUCGUUCUUCCCUCGAUUCCUCAAUAAUUCAUAUAAGAAGUGUAUAAAUUUAUUUUCUCGUUCAUCAUCAAUUACAAUUGGAUAUAGACUGUAUAUCAUAAUUAUAACCUAAUUGGUGAGACAAAUCAAGCCAUAAGUGAUGACUGCCAAAUAUCGAAACAAAGUUUGAAUGAUAACAAACCCAAAAUUAAAGUCAAUUUUGGGAUAACUUCCUUCAAUUCAAUAAACAUAUGUUAUUUUAAAUUUUCUGAAAUUCAUAAUGAAUAAAGACUAAACAAAAUGA